AUGAUAAUACGUCAAACAUCAGCUCCAUCAUUAUUAGCAACAUAUUCAAGUACAAAUACCGGUGGAUCAAGUAAUGGAAAUAAUAGUCGUUCAACAAGACCAUUUUCAGGUGUUAGACAAAAUUCAACAAUUGAUAUUAAUUUAAAUGGAAAUUUUGUUAUUUCUGAUAGAGGAAAUGAAAGAAGUCGAAUGGAAAUAUUUACACGAAAUGAAGAUUUUAUUAGAAAAAUUUCUAUUCGUUAUAUUGAUAUUGUUGCUGGUUUAGCUAUUACACAACAAGGAAAUAUUGUUCCUGUUGAUUCAGUAUCAGCAGUAACUGUUUUUUCUAUAAGUGAAUCUGAUGAUCUUAUUAAAUGGUUUGAUUGUUCGCAUUAUAUGAUAGAACCAUCGGAUAUUGACAUUUUUAAUAAUCAAUAUUUUCUUUAUCAUUUUAAGGAACAUUGUCUUGUUGUAUUUGAUCAAGAUUGGAACAUAUUUAUCGACGUAUUGAAUCGGAAAGUGUAA